AUGUUUAGCAAGUUGAAGGGUCUCUUCAGUGGCCCACAGGUGCCCGCCUCUUCAGGGACCACCACAGUGGGCCCAGCUCCAGCUCCAGCUCCGGCUCUAGCUCCAGCUCCGGCUCCGGCUCCAGCUCCAGCUCCAGCUCCAACUCCAGCCAAGGAGGAGAAGCCAGCCGAUAAGGAGAAUGAAGCCAAGAAAGUGGACAAACCGCAGGAAUCAACUCCGGACCCUGCUCAAGCUCCAGCAGUUGCCCCGGCCCCGGCCCCCGCUCCAGCAUCAGCCCCUACAGCAGCUCCGGCUAAUCCUGAUCAAUUUGGACCUGAGGGACAAGAAGCAGCCCCACCUCCACCUCCACCAGUCGUCAUCAACAAGUAUUCAGAUGAGCAGCUCAGAGCUUUAGCCAAGCGGAUGAGAGAGAGGGUGCAGCAGUACAAGGAGAAAGUGGUUGAUCAGUAUGCUUCAUCCCCAGAGAUCAGCCCUCCUGUCACACCUCUGCUACACAAAGAAAACUACGCAAAUGUCAUAGAUGAGAGGAAAAGGCAAGCGGAGGAGGAGCGGAUAAAGAAGGAGGCGGCUGAGAAGAAGAAGAAAGAGGAGCAGGAGAAGAAAAAGAAGGAGGCAGAGGAGAAGAAGAAAGAGGAGGAGGAGAAAAAGAAAGCAGAGUGUAAAAAUGAGAAAAAGGUGGAGAAGGACAUGAAGUCAAAGUUAAUGGAAGCUGCCUGGUUUUCGGUGGACGUAGUGCUGAAGCCGAUUGAGAACCUGAUGGACUCUGUCCUAGGGAAGACCAUUGACCCUUUUACAGACCGCCACUACAUCGCCUGGCUGAGCUUGGUGACUCUGGCCUUCAACUACAACACCUGGUUCAUCACGGCCCGCCUGUGUUUCCCUUACCACACUGAGAGCGCCAUCCCUUACUGGUUCGCCCUGGACACCCUGGCCGACUUCAUCUACCUCACAGACUCCAUCAUCUUCCAGCCCCGCAAACAGUUUGUCAAAGGAGGAGACAUCAUAAAAGACAGAGUGAUGACAAAGAAGUACUACAGAGAUACAGAGAGAUUUAAGAUGGACCUGUUGUCCCUCAUGCCAUUCGACUUGCUGUACUUCCAGUUUGGAUUCAAAUCCAUCUUCAGAGCCAACCGUCUUCUGAAGGCAGACACGUUUUUUGAGUUCAGCGAUCGUCUCGAGAGUAUCAUGGCCAAGGCUUACAUCUGGAGAGUGAUUCGGACUAUCGGCUAUCUUCUCUUCAUGCUCCACCUCAAUGCCUGCUUCUACUAUGUGGCCUCAGAAUACCAGGGCAUCGGGACAACUAAAUGGGUCUACUCUGGUCUUGGCAGCGCUUACCUCAGCUGCUUCUUCUAUGCGGAGAAGUCCCUGCUGAUGAUCGCCGAGUUGCCGUUUCCGGACACCAUGUUCGGACAGAUCUUUCAGAUGACAAACUACCUUUUUGGAGCAUUCUUUAUGUCCAUCAUUCUUGGCCAGAUGAGAGACGUCAUCGGGGCAGCCACAGCAGGACAGACCUACUACCGAUCCUCCAUGGACAACACGGUUAACUAUAUGGUGGCCAACCACAUCCCUGCUUUGGUGCAGAACCGAGUCCGCACCUGGUACACCUACACCUGGGAUGCCCAGGGCAUGCUGGAUGAGUCCGAGCUGCUGGAUAAGAUGCCUCUGGUGAUGAGAACCGCCAUCGCCGUUGACAUCAACCUGGCAACCUUUCAGAAGAUUGAUCUUUUCAAGGGCUGUGACCAGCAGAUGUUGGUGGACAUGUUACUGAGGCUCAAGUCUAUUAUCUAUCUACCUGGAGACUUUGUCGUAAAAAAAGGCGACAUCGGUAAAGAGAUGUACAUCAUCAAAAGUGGAGCGGUGCAGGUGGUGGGAGGACCUGACAACAGCAUUGUGUUUGUCACCCUGAAGGCCGGCUGUGUGUUUGGAGAAAUUAGUCUGUUGCAAUCAUCCAAAGAUGGGGGGAACAGGCGGACUGCUAAUGUCAAAGCCUACGGCUUUGCUAACCUCUUUGUCCUGGAGAAGAAGGACUUGUUUGACAUCCUGGUCCACUAUCCAGAGUCUCAGAAAGUGUUGGCCAGGAAGGGCAGGAAACUAAUGAAAGCGAAGGGUCCGACUGCAGCUAAAGCAGACGAGGAGAAGAAGAAAGGGCUGGCGCUAUUCGGCCCCAAACCGCCCACACCCAAACUGCUGCGUGCUUUUGGAGGAACCAUUAACAAACGGAUUACUGACAGAAUAAAGGCUGCUACUGCUGACCAGUAAGGAUUGUAGUAAGCUUAUGUUUUUUUAUAACUCUUUUUUGGGAGCGAAUGUACAAUUUUAUUCUCAACCUCUUAUUAAUCUUUUGUCCUGAGUGUGCAUAUCUUUUCACUUCAAGAUGGUGUUUAAAAGGGAUCCUUCUGUCAAGCGUUUGGCAAAUUAGAUGUAACCACAUGAAACCAUCAAAGAUGUAUUUAAACAACUUAUUUUGUUGAGAUGUGAAAUAUUUGAAUCUGUCUGUGCGCUGCUGCCCCUAAUGGAUACUGCAUGUUGUGUAUAUACACUGAACAACGUUAUAAACAGCAACACUUUUG